ACCAGUUAAAACUAAAACACGUUUUGCAGUUAUGAACAUUUUAGUUUUUUGUUAUUUAGUAGACUAGCAUUCGUUUUAGUGUGCAUUAUAUUAUAUAAAGGAGGAUAAUGUCCUGACAUACUGAACAAAAAAAAAAAAGCAGAAAAGGAUUCAAUUAGAGUGAGACGUAGGCCUACCUGGCCAGGCAUUGCUUUAUAUUUAAAUACACAAUGACGUCUAACUAUGCCAGGCGUAUGGGGCGUCUCGCAGCCCGAAUAUUUGGUGAAGUGGCACGACCAACAAACCCCACAUCCAUGAAAGUUGUGAAAAUCUUCAGUAUGCAACCAUACCACCUGAAGCCAGAGAUUACAGAGUACUAUCCUAGUUAUACGAAGACGCAUCUAUUGAUGAGAACUGUCCGAGACUUUGGUUUGUUUAGAGAUGAGCAUCAGGAUUUUAAAGAGGAAAUGAAACGACAGAGAGUGUUACGUGGAAAGAUUAAACCUAAGAAAGGAGAAGGAAAACGAGCAAUGAAGAAAAAGUAGCCGAGAUGUACGAUAUGUUAGGAACAGACUAAACAUGGCAUCUUGUGGAUGUAUCAGUGCUGUGUAAAUAUGUCAGAUCUGUGGUGUGUAAAUGUGUCAAAUAUGUGGUGUGUAAAUGUGUCAAAUGCUUUGUUGGGCAUCUUCAGUUUCAUCAGUUUGUGUUAAAUUACCAACAGACUAGACUAAUAGAUGACAUCAUGUGUGAAGGUGAAAAUAUUUUUUAAAGUGUUUGUCUUUCAUAUUAUUGAUUUAUUUAAAAAAAAAACCACUCUGCCGAUAAUGCUAAUUGUGAUUUAUGCAGUGAAAUAAAUAUGUGCUAACAAGCUGUGUGAGCCGUUUUGAGUA